CCUCCAUCUCAUCCUAUCCCAGCGUCCUCCUCGGUCACACCAACCCUCUGCACGUCCUCCUUCGAGACAUCCAUGAAUCUACUCUUUGGGGUUCUUCUUUUUCCCCUGGCAUCUCCAUAGUUACCAUCUUCCACCUAUCAGUUGUAGUCAGUCAUGCCAAGUAAAGAGUUAAUUGGUCUACAUCCUGUCAAAUUCAAAUUACCAUGGCAACCAUGCCCAUGUGAGCUGGCUCCACAUUUGGAUUCUGGUUUUGAUGCAGUGUCUCUGUCAGUCAGUCCAAACCUUCAGCAGUUCUUCAGUGGAUCUUCUUCAGUGUCUCUGAGUUGUGUUGAUGAUGGACAGACAGUUGAUGGCUGGACAGUGAAGAUGACCAGCGGAGGACCCACUGUGGACUGUGGAGCAGCUGAGAUGAGUGGAAGUUUGUGCGUUUUGGAUCGUAACUCGUCUUACAGUGGAACCUUCUGGUGUGAAAGCUCAUCUGGACAGCAGAGCGAUGAAGUGUCCAUCAGUGUUUCAGAAAAAGGUGUGAUCCUGGAGAUCCCUGCACUUCCUGUAAGACCAGGAAGUGAUGUUACUCUGCAAUGCAAGAAGAAGACUGGUGAAACAGUUCCAUCUUUUUUCUUCAUGAAUGGACGUCUCCUUGGGUCUAAAGCAGAACACGUUAUCCCUAAUGUCAGGCACUCUGAUGAAGGUCUCUACUGGUGCGCUUCUAACACAUUUGGAUCAUCUCCUCAGAGCUUUCUGAGGGUCCGAGGGUCUCCUAUAACUACUCUCAGAAAGUCCGUCCCUCCACCUCCAGUUUCUGAGGUCAGUUUUUCUCUGUCCACUCUUCCUCCUCUCACCAACUCUUCCUCCCCUUCUUCUCCCUCUGUGUCUUGGAUCAGAGUCAUCUGCCACCUGUUGGUCUUCUGCCAGUACUGCAUCUGCACCAUCCUGCUCCUGUCCAUCUGCUGCAGCAGGAGCUCAGGUAACAAACAGGUCGUAUCCAUGGAGACGCCAUUGGAUGUUGACGAGCAUGAUGACACCACUGAGCAUUAUGUCUAAGCUGAUGGAUCCUCUGAUAGAAUUAAAUGUUUCUAAAGCUGAAAACUCUGAAGUCCUCACUCUGAGUUUCUCAAUCAGAACCUGAUCUGUUCACUGAUCGAUCAAUAACCCUCAAAUUACUGAUGAAUUACUGAAUUAUUGGAUGAAAGCUUUGUUUGACAUUGUUAGCAUCUUCAAACACUGAAAUCUCUGUGCACCUCUCUAAAGUUAUUUACUGCAUUUUAAGUAUUUACCACUGAUUCCCAACCUUUGGGAGCCACGGCACAUGUUUCACAUUAGAAAAAUCACACCACCAACAAAAACGUCACAGAAAGUAUAUUGAUAGCUUUUCCCUGCACACCAGGUACAGUGGUAUUGGCUCGGUUUGUCCCCAGUGUACCUGUUUUACUUUCUUCUGAUCACUACUCAUGCUAGGACCUUCAUCUGCGUCUGAGUUUUCUCCAGGACCAGCAGUGUGCAUGACCUCUUUAAAAAAAAUGAUAUUUUAAUGCUCAGAUCUCAAUAUUGUUGUUAUCCAUGAAUUUUCGGUUCCAUGGAUAAAAAGAUAAAAUUAAAACGGAUUGUAUUCCAUUAAGAUUCCAAAUUACAGUUUUUUACUUUCAUUCCUGAAGAGGAAGUUUACAUUUUUGGGGUUUUUUGAGAUGUCCAGUGUGCCAGCUCAAAUUUGGUUUUAUAAAAAACACAUUCAGUUUCCCAAAGGUAAUACAGGGAGAACUCAGCGAAAACGAGUGUUUGAUGACAGGAGGUUUAAUAAGUGUGUUGAUCAGUGUUUGUGGAAGCUCUGACAGAGUUAGUUCAGUUCUGAAACUUUACUGUGGCCUCACAGCUCUUCUUCUACUGUGUCAUCGAAGAACCUUCAAACUCUCUGAGCUGUUUUUCCUCCUCAGUCCUGUUUGAUGACAGAAAGCAGUCAGAAUGCACCAAACUGUAUCCUAAUCUCACUUCUGAUGAUAAUGGUUAUUAACACAUUAUUUAUCAACUUGUUUCUUUACUAACCAACAAAUUAUUUGAACAUGUCAGCAAAUAGCAGAUUGUAGAAAAGUAAAAUAGUAACCCUUUAACUCCAAGUGUCUCAUAUUUGAUGCGUGAGUUUUUCACACUUCUACAUCGUCAGUGUCAUUUUACAUUUUAAACAAUAACCUGCUGGAUGCAGCAAAUGUG